AUGGGCAAUGUAAACAAACCGCAAGCAAAAUACAGAAAUGGAGAUACAAGCCUAUUUAGCAAUUCAAUAAUAAACAACGCAGAAAACGACCGACUCAAGAUAAUAACACCAAAUGAGAACCGUCGAAAUGAAUCGGGUUUACAUUCAAAAGUUUCGACUGAAUACGGAACUAUUGUGCUCAUUGAUGAUAACAAUAAUAAUGACCAGACAGAUAGCAAAAACUGUCGCAACAUCGCCGAAAAUAAUAACGGUAGCCACAUUGAUCAUAACCAGGAUGAUAAUGUCCGAAUUGAAGUUACCGAGAGCUGCGACAACAGCGAAAACAAUUUAUCUAGUAUUUCUAACAAUUCAAAUCGCGAAACAUUGAUAACCGAUCUGAAACAACGAUCAAAACAUGAACAACCAAGCGACGUCUCAACGAGUCAGAAUACAUCCGUAUGGGCCGUGGAAUUAAUGUUCCUUUUAUACAAAAUUGCCGAAUCUAUAUUAGAACCAACCGUUCGCUUGUACUUGUACGAAAGUGUCUGUCUUAAUUUGUACCCAAAAAAUAAUCACCACUACAUAUGCGAACAUCUGAAAUUUGACCUAGGAAAAGAACAUGAAGUUCAGAGCAAUGCUGCACGUUACAUGGUUUACUAUAAGGUUAAUCGCGGUUUUGCAUGUUAUUUCAAUGAUUUUUAUUAUUAA